GCUCUAUUAACACUCCAGUAAAAAAGCCAAUAUAUUAGCUGUUUGGUACAUUUUCUCUCUCCCAAACCCCCAACCAACCAUUUCCCCAAUCCUCUCAAAAUGACCACCCAGCCAAGAAUCCCUAGCUUCGGCGACGGCGACGGCGACGGCACCGUCUGGGAGUGCGUCCUCCCCUACGCGCGCGACCGCGGCGCCGUCUCGCUCGUCUGCAAGCGCUGGUACGAGAUCGACGCCAUCACCCGCAAGCACGUCACCAUCGCCCUCUGCUACACCGCCACUCCCCAGCAGCUCUCGCGCCGCUUCCCGCAGCUCGAGUCGCUCAAGAUCAAGGGCAAGCCGCGCGCCGCCAUGUUCAACCUCAUCGGCGAGGACUGGGGCGGCUACGCGGCCCCCUGGGUGCAGGAGGUCGCCGGAUCCUUCACCAGGAUGAAGGCGCUCCACUUCCGCCGCAUGAUUGUCUCCGAUUCCGACCUCAAGCUGCUCGCCACGUCCGCCGCCGGCGUCGCGCUCGAGGUUUUGAAGCUCGAUCGCUGCUCCGGCUUCAGCACCGACGGCCUCUUGCAUAUAGGGCGCAAUUGCAGGAAUCUGAGAACUUUAUACAUAGAAGAGAGCAUGAUAACCGAGCUAGACGGGGAGUGGCUGCAUCACCUUGCUUCGAACAAUACCGUUCUCGAACACCUAAACUUCUUCAUGACUGAUCUCAAGAGAGUUAGAUCCGAAGACAUUGACUUGCUAGCGAGGAGAUGCCCGUCUCUGACCUCUGUGAAAAUUAGCGACUGUGAUAUUUCGAAACUAGUUGAGUUUUUCAGAAACGCUGCUUCAUUGGAAGAGUUUGCUGGCGGCUCGGUAACUGAGCCUCCGGCUCAGAAUGGCGAAGAAGUUGCUCCUUCUGAGCAGUUGGAAAGGUAUGGUUCGAUUUCGUUCCCCCCAAAAUUGUGCCGUUUGGGGCUUACCUAUUUGGGUAGAGCAGAGCUGCCGAUUUUGUAUCCUAUUGCUGCAAAGCUUAAAAAGUUGGAUCUUCUUUAUGCCAUGCUCGACACCGAAGGCCACUGUCAGAUACUACAAACAUGUCCUAAUUUGGAAGUUCUCGAGGCAAGAAAUGUUCUUGGAGAUAGGGGUUUGGAGGUUCUUUCUCGAUGCUGUAAAAGCAUGAAAAGGCUUAGGAUCGAGCGGGGAGCUGACGAGCAAGAUAUGGAAGAUGUCGAAGGCGUGGUCUCACAGAGAGGGCUAAUCGCUUUGGCUCAAGGAUGCCUUGAACUGGAAUACAUAGCCGUAUACGUCUCGGAUAUUACAAACGCAGCGUUGGAAUGCAUGGCUACUCACUCAAAAAAUCUAUGCGACUUCCGGCUGGUCUUACUCGACAGAGAGGAGAACAUAACUGAUUUGCCUCUCGACAAUGGAGUUCGAGCUCUAUUAACAGGUUGCGAUAAACUCAUUAGGUUUGCUCUGUAUCUCCGCAAAGGGGGGUUGACAGACGUAGGCCUCGGUUACAUCGGGCAGUACAGUCCUAAAGUGACAUGGAUGCUUCUCGGUUACGUUGGGGAGUCCGAUGCAGGCCUUCUGGAAUUCUCCAAGGGCUGCCCGAGCCUCCAAAAGCUCGAAAUGAGAGGCUGUUGUUUCAGCGAACGAGCACUAGCUACAGCUGCUCUCCGGUUGACUGCUCUCAGAUACCUGUGGGUGCAAGGGUACAGUGCUUCUAGCGAUGGCCGGGAUCUCUUAGCUAUGGUGAGGCCGAACUGGAACAUCGAGCUGAUACCAGCUACGCGGCACAUUGUUCACGAUGCAGAGAGACAGCGUCUAGUGAUCGUCGAGGACCCUGCUCACAUUCUCGCAUACUACUCCCUUGCGGGGCAAAGAACCGAUUUCCCGAGCACCGUCCGCCCUCUGGAAGCUAGCGCCUCCCGUGACCCGUAGAACUGUCGCACGACAUCGCAAUCGGGCUCGCCUUUGCGCUAGCUCUGUUGUUGUAUCUUUCUAAUAAAAUCUCUGUAAAAUUUUGAAUCUCAUGGAUGUUGAUAUCCAUUAUUGUAAGUGUAGAUAGUUAGGUUUUUUUAUGAUCUUUCCAUGUCUGAUUGUGUGUGUGAAAUCUUAUGUUUGUUGAGUGUAAAUGUCACUUUUUAUUUGCUUUCAUCAUGUUAGGUAAAUGUCGCUUUUAGUAAAUAUAGAACUUUAAAUUUUUUGGAA